AUGCUGCUGCCUAUCGAUGGAUACCAGUCUUUUCCAUUAUUACCUCUUGAAAAGGCUCUCGAACCAGUGAACCAUAUAUUCAGUGAUUUACAAGCAAAAGUUUGGCUUGCAAAAGAAAACUGUAAAAAACCAAAGAAUGAUUUAACUAUCGAUCAAUCAGCUGCAAUUCAAAUAUACACAUUCGAAUGGUAUCCGGCGAAUCGAAGCCUUUAUUAUAUUCUCAAUCAAGCGCUACGCGCUGCUGAUCGUGAAAAGUUGGUACCGUGGUUUGGGUAUAUAAAAUUAUUUGUCACAGCACUGUACAAAUUACCUUCAGUGAAACAAACAGUUUGGCGUGGCGUAAAGGCAGAUCUAAGUCAUUUGUAUCCAACAGAUAGUAAACGUACAUGGUGGGGGCUGAGUUCGUGUACAGAAACGAUUCAUGUAUUAGAAAAAGAAGAAUUUCUCGGUAAAACAGGUACACGAACUCUGUUUAAUGUUGAGUGUUUUAACGGUAAAGUCAUAAGAGACCACUCGUAUUACCAGACAGAAAACGAAAUCCUCCUAUUACCGGCUUCGUAUUUUCAAGUGGUUAGUGUUUUCGAUGGAAGUAAUGGAUUGCAUAUUAUUCAUUUGAGACAAAUAAUUCCUCCAUACACGCUGCUACAACCACCGUCGGCUGAUAUUUCAAACACCGUCGAAAUAAAACAGAAAAUCGAUGAAUUAAAUAAAAGUUUGACUGAUCUACUCGACCCAACUAAGCAAACACCAAAAACAGAACCAGUAAAGGUGGAAGAAAUCAAAAAUCAAAUAUCAGCAAAACAAGGUACGAUAUAUGUUUUCCUGAAAGUAAAGAAACCAAAGUUCCGGAAAGAGGUCGAAAUGCUUAUGAGACGAUCAGUACGUUCGCUGAGAAAGAACUUAACCUGCACUGAUAAGUAG